UCAACUGGCUUUAACAUAGUGAGGAUGGCCACAUAACAGAUCACUGGGGAGAAAGAGAUGUACUGACGACUGUUGCUGAGUCAGGUGUGAAUGAUGGAGGUAAGAGAAAAGCAGAAGAGAGACAGAGGGAGGGAGCUGCUACUGUGAGUGCUCCUGCAGGAUCACGGUGGCCUUGAGGGACGAAGAGCAGGGAGGAGGGGAGGGGGGAGGGCGCAUUCCUCCUGAACACGACGACUGAAAGCUCCUCCAGCCUCAAGCGGGACUGAAAGCACUGCCAGGGUUACAAGCACUCAGGGGAGAACAGCCUCUGGGUUAAUUCUUCUCCUGGGAAACAGUGCUCUACUUUCCACACUCAUCCUCUGACUGACAGAGAGCAGAGGAGUGCACAUCAAGAGCCACAAUGACAGAACGGACAUCUAAAAAACAGGGAUUUAAAAAGUGUCGGAGUGCCACUUUCAGCAUUGAUGGCUUCAGCUUCACCAUCGUUGCCAAUGAGGCGGGGGAAAGCCACCACCGUCCUCUGGUCCGCUUUGCACGCUCAAGGUCCCAGAAUGCACUCUGCACAGCUGUCACACCCUGCACUGGCAUCACUGACGGCAAAGGGAUUCUGAUGGACCCACGCAGCACUGAGGAGAUCCUGGCUGAUGAGCUGCCAGUUCCUGAUGAGCCUGACGCCAUGGAGAAGACUGCGAUCAGGUUGAGAUGUCUUGUAAAACAGCUGGAGAGGGGGGAGGCAUCGGUGAUGGAUCUGAAGAAAAACCUGGAGUAUGCCGCCUCAGUCCUUGAAUCUCUAUACAUGGAGGAAACCAGGCGACUAGUGGAUCCAGAGGAUGAACUGAGUGACAUCCAGUCAGACUCGGUGCCCUCAGAGGUCCGUGACUGGCUGGCUUCCACUUUUACCCGGCAAAGAGGCCUGAUGCUACGGCGUAGUGAAGACAAACCACGCUUCCGCAGCAUUGUCCAUGCAGUGCAGGCUGGCAUCUUUGUGGAGAGGAUGUACAGAAGAACAUCCAACAUGGCUGGUCUCAGUUAUCCCUCAAAUGUCAUCACAGUGCUCAAGCAAGUUGACAUGUGGUCAUUUGAUGUGUUUGCACUGAAUGAAGCUAGUGGAGACCAUGCUCUGAAGUUUGUCUUCUAUGAGUUGCUCACCAGAUAUGAUUUGAUUAAUCGUUUCAAGGUCCCUGUUUCUGCUCUCAUAUCAUUUGUGGACUCGUUGGAGGUUGGCUACAGCAAAUACAAGAACCCAUACCACAACUUGAUGCAUGCUGCUGAUGUCACACAGACCAUCCAUUACCUGCUCCUUAAGACUGGCAUGGUGCACUGGCUAACUGAGUUGGAAAUCUUUGCCAUCAUUUUUGCAGCUGCCAUCCACGACUUUGACCAUACAGGGACCACCAAUAACUUCCAUAUUCAGACCAGGUCAGACACAGCAAUGUUGUACAAUGAUCGAGCUGUUCUGGAAAACCACCAUGUCAGCGCUGCCUAUCGCCUUCUACAGGAUGAUGAUGAAAUGAACAUCCUCUCUAAUCUUUCCAAAGACGACUGGAGAGAGCUGCGGACUUUGGUGGUGGAGAUGGUGUUGGCCACUGACAUGUCCUGCCACUUCCAGCAGAUCAAAGCCAUGAAAAGCCUCCUGCAACAGCCUGAGGGGAUAGACAAACCAAAGGCCUUAUCACUGCUGCUGCACACCGCUGACAUCAGCCAUCCUGCCAAACACUGGAACCUUCAUCACCGCUGGACCACAUCUCUACUGGAGGAGUUCUUCAGACAGGGUGAUAAGGAAGCAGAGCUGGGCCUCCCUUUCUCUCCUCUUUGUGACCGCAAAUCCACGAUGGUGGCCCAGUCCCAGAUCGGAUUCAUUGACUUCAUCGUGGAGCCGACAUUCACUGUGUUGACAGAAAUGAUCGAACAAAUUGUGACACCACUGAUUGAAGAGGCAUCUCGCUCUGGACUGGCUGGCUUCAGACGCUCUAGUGUCAACAGUAUUAGUGGCAGCGAUGGAAAACAUUCCAGCGUGAAGAGCACAGGGUCAGAGGGCAGCUGCUCUUUGACCACAGUGGACUUCAAGAGCUUCAAGGUCACAUGGACCCAAGAGAUCCGUCACAACAAGGACACAUGGAAGGCCCAGGCAGCCAAGGACCUGGAGGCAAAGAAGGAGGCAAAUGAGGGUGACCACCAAGAGAAUGAGGCAGAAGAGAAAAAGGAGUCAAAGAGAACUGUCGACAGGCCGAGCGCAGGACAGGAAGACAUGAACACAGACAUUAAGGGACAGGAAGAGGCGGAGGACAGGAAGCAGCAGGAGGAGCAACACCCUAAAGAGGAGGAUGGACCAGCGGCAGGCUCUCUGCUGAGAUCAGGUCCAAAUCUCACAGACAAGAAGAACACAGGAAUGCAGCAGCAGCAGUGUCAGAAUGAGCCUCAGCCUGACUGCCCUCUUAUCUAUUACUACAAGAGACCCAGCUACUGUGCCAGCUCCUACCGACUGCUCAGGUCAAAGGUCACAGAGAUGCGACCCAUCGAUGCCAGAGGAAAAGCCAGGAGACUGCAGCGCAUCUCGCUGCGUCGCCGAAAGUGAUCUCAUAGUAUAGAGCCGGGGUUCCCAACCCGCGGACCGGGGUCCGGAUCCGGACCGGAUCGCCAUAUCAUCCGGACCCGAGAUUA